AUGUCGUUGAAUGAGCUUGUUGAUAUGUAUAACCAAAAGUUAAAUUAUAAUGGUAGUCGAUCAACAAUUGCAAGUGAUCCAUCACAUCAAGCAGCACAGCCGUCGUUUCCAACAGAUCCUCUGACUGAUUCAAGUAAUUCUAUGCCAGAUAAUCCAAAUUUUACUUAUACACAAAAUGCCGCAUCAGCGUUAUUAUUUGACACAGAUACAUCACGUUUUCAUUUAAAUGAUCGGGUACUAGCCGGAGAAGUCGUUCGGCCACCUCAACACACUGCUCAACCACGUAUUGAGCGUAUUAAACAAGCUGAUAAACUAGAAUUUUCAACGGGUGAUGCUGAUAUCGCCGAUUAUGAACAUAAUGAAGAAUAUACAGCGAAAUAUCCUGAUAUCAAACCUCAAUUGAAUAUUAUUAAUGCUCAACAAGCACAAAUUCCACCUGUGGACAUGUUUACGAAUCCAGGAGAACAAAUUCAACGUUUAAUUCAACAAGGCAAAUUGAAAAAUUUCCAUGGUUAUAUAAAUUAUCCAUAUAAUUAUCUCGAACCGCCUUGGCAUUUUACCGAAAUGGAAGAACAACAAGGUUAUGUUAAUCAUAAUCCGCCUCGAUCACAUUUAACUGCGAAAGAAAUUGAAACGAAUACAGGUGAUGAUCCAAGUGAAAUUGAAUUGCCUGCUGGUGUUCCUCAAGAACCGAUUUCACAAGAUCGUUAUGAAAUAAUUCCUUUACCGAAGAUGGUUUAUGAAAAUUAUGUUCCGUUAAUUGCAACACGUCGAAUUGUUUAUCGUCGACCUCCAUCUGGUCGUCCUUCUACAGACUUAUCUUUUCAACAAACACAAAGUUCUUCUUUCACAGCUUCGAAAUUACCCGAAGUCGAUGAAAUGACAUAUAAAUUUUAA